CCCCCCCCCCUCUCUCUCUCCACUCUGCAAAUCUUCUCCCAAAAUGGCUCUGGUAAAGCCCAUCCCCAAAUUCAGCAGCCCCACCCAAAGAAUUGGUGGAAACCCUAAUUCCCAAAUCCGGCGACCCUUCUCCGCCGUGAGAAUGUCAUCAUCCACCGCGGCGCCACCUGCAUCCACGAAGAAGAAGAGUCAGAAACAAGAAAUCAAGGAGACCCUACUGACCCCAAGAUUCUACACCACAGACUUCGAUGAAAUGGAGCAGCUGUUCAACACAGAGAUCAACAAGAACCUCAACAUGGCCGAGUUCGAAGCCCUGCUGCAAGAAUUCAAGACAGAUUUCAACCAGACCCAUUUUGUAAGAAACAAGGAAUUCAAGGAAGCUGCUGACAAGAUUCAGGGCCCACUCAGGCAGAUCUUUGUCGAGUUCCUGGAGAGAUCCUGCACUGCUGAAUUCUCUGGCUUUCUCCUCUACAAAGAGCUUGGAAGGAGGCUCAAGAAAACUAACCCCGUGGUGGCUGAGAUCUUCUCCCUAAUGUCCCGGGACGAAGCCCGCCAUGCAGGGUUCUUGAACAAAGGGUUGUCAGAUUUCAAUUUGGCUCUGGAUUUGGGGUUCUUGACCAAGGCUAGGAAAUACACCUUCUUUAAGCCAAAGUUCAUAUUCUAUGCAACUUACCUGUCUGAGAAGAUUGGAUACUGGAGGUAUAUCACCAUAUACAGGCAUUUGAAGGAGAAUCCUGAGUACCAAUGCUAUCCGAUUUUCAAGUACUUUGAGAACUGGUGCCAGGAUGAGAAUCGCCAUGGCGAUUUCUUCUCUGCUUUGAUGAAGGCGCAGCCACAGUUCCUCAACGACUGGAAGGCGAAGCUCUGGGCGCGGUUCUUUUGCCUUUCGGUUUAUGUGACAAUGUACCUUAAUGACUGCCAAAGAACAGCAUUCUAUGAGGGGAUUGGGUUGAACACGAAGGAAUUCGAUAUGCAUGUCAUCAUUGAGACAAACCGAACAACUGCGAGGAUUUUCCCAGCCGUGUUGGAUGUCGAGAACCCGGAAUUUAAGAGGAAGCUGGACAGGAUGGUGGAGAUCAACCAGCAAAUUCUUGCAAUAGGCGACACCGAUGACAUUCCCUUGGUGAAGAACUUGAAGAGGGUGCCUCUCAUUGCAGCUCUGGUUAAUGAGUUAUUGGCAGCAUAUUUCAUGAAACCUAUUGAGUCUGGUUCAGUCGACUUUGCAGAAUUCGAACCCCGACUUGUCUAUUGAAGAAUCUCUCCCUCCAUUCUAUAGAGUAAUCAUCCUGUUAUUGUAUUAAAGUCACUACCAAACAGGGGUUUAGAUUGUAUGAAUGAACAUCUCUACUUUACCAAA